ACUGCAAUAAAGAUAAUAUGACCCAACUCAAAAAUGGGUCCCUAUGGGAGUUGUCUGUCACUACCCGAUCAUGACGGCCUACCGGAUCGCGACGGACUGCUACUGCGCUUGCGCAAACCGACGCCAUUUUCUCCUGGGGGAUGAUGGGAUACAUUGAUAUGAACGUGUUGAUUUAAAAAAAGGAAAAAAUAAAAAACAUCCAAUGAUGAUGCCACAGAUAGGAUAGAAGUCGUGAUGGCAACUUGAAAUUGAAACUUCAAAACGUGCCCCGAACCGAUUACGUAUAUUUUCAGUGAACCACUGCUCCGGAAGCGAUCUCUCUGGACCUAUCCGGGACUUGACGGUCUUUUGUGUUCCCUUCUCCCAACCACACGAGCUCCUUCAAAGUAUUCUCAUCGGAUGCGACAAAAUAAUCCUGACCUAAGGCGAACGCAUCAAAAACAUCAAGCUAGGAGAGACGUGGAAGAUGAGGUGAGGAAAUCCAGGCCACGAAGAGCAACUGUAAAAAGAAAAUGAGGUAUCCCGCAGACGUCACUAUUAAGGAGCUUCACCCUCAGAAACACGAUCCGCUCCACGGUAAACAAGAGGAGUCGGAGAUGCCGUACAUUAAACAGGAGGAGAACCCAGAGACCCCCAGCAUUAAAGAAGAAGAACAUGAAGAUGAAAUCACUAAGUGUCCAAUGACCGUCAGUGUGAAAAGUGAAGAAGAUGAAGGUCCAAGCGAAAAGAGCGGAGCAGCGAAACCUUUGAGCGACAGCUCAUUUCAACACCCGUCGACAAAAGGAGAGGGACGAUUGCAACCUGACGGUCUGUUAGCGCCGCUCUCAGACAGUGACGGCGUAACUUCACACUCUUCUGAUUUCAACAGUGAUGAGGAGGAUAAAGACUUUGACCAAAAUGCUCUAAAAUCCCUAAACAAUUCCUCAUUGAAAAGAGGCACAAAAGCGUUUGGGAGACCUUUUACCUGCUCACUUUGUGAUAAAACAUUUUCUCAGAAAGCUCACUUACAACGACACAUGUAUACACACACCGGGGAGAAGCCUUUCGCCUGCUCAUUUUGCGAUAAAAGAUUCGCUGAGAAGUCACAUUUAAACAGACACACGCUGGCACACACUGGAGAGAAGCCUUUUCCCUGCUCAGUUUGUGAUAAAUCAUAUUCUGAGAAAAAUCAACUACAAAGACACAUGUAUUCACACACUGGGGAGAAGCCUUUUCUCUGCGCAAGUUGUGGUAAAGGAUUCAUUGACAAAAGAGAUUUAAACAAUCACACACUCACACACACUGGAGAGAAGCCUUUUCCCUGCUCAGUUUGCAGUAAAAGAUUCUCUCAGAAAGUACUACUAAACUUUCACUUUAAAAUACACACUGGAGAGAGGCAUUUUGCAUGCUCAGUUUGUGAUAAAAGAUACUUCAGAAAGUCACAUCUAAUCAGUCACACAAAAACACACACUGGAGAGAAGCCUUUCGUCUGCACAUCUUGUGGUAAACAAUUUACUCAUAAGGGACAUUUAACCCAACACGCCAAGAAACACACUGGAGCGAAGCCUUUUGUCUGCACAUCUUGUGGUAAAGGAUUCACCGAGAAGGGACAUUUAAACAAACACACACUCAUACACACUGGAGAAAAGCCUUUUGUCUGCACAAGUUGUGGUAAAAGAUAUCUUGAUAAAAGAGAUUUAAGCAAUCACAUGCGUACACACACUGGAGAGGAGCCUUUUGCCUGCUCUAGUUGCUAUAAAAGAUUUAGUACGAAGGUAAAGUUAACAAGACACACGCGUACACACACUGGAGAGAAGCCUUUUUCCUGCUCUCGUUGCUAUAAAAGAUUUUGUACGAAGCGAACGUUAACAAAACACAUACGUACACACACCGUGUGAAAUGGCUUUUCUCUGCACACUUUGUGGUAAAAGAUUUACCUGGAAGGAAGGUUAAACAAUCACUCAAAAACACUCACAGCUUACUGCUUUUACAAUUUGACUUCUGAUUGUCAACAAAACUUGGAUUCUUCCCUUCUUUUUUUGUUGUUGUUGUUUGUCCAAUUUCCAACCUUUUAUCUGAAUAGUUUCAGGGUAGAUUUUUUUUAAUUUGUUUUGUGCAUUGUAAUCAUUUGAAAUCUGCUUCUUUGUAGAAGGACUGGACCUUUUUAAUUUUACUAUCAAAUAUUUUUCCUUAUAUCUGAAGGCCCAAGUACACCGCCUGCUUGAUCGUUGCGGUUCCGGUCUGGUUCAGUGUUGCCUGCGUGCCACGCAGUCCGUCAAAAACAGGCAAAUCAUACCGGCUGCUGCACGGCUACGGUCCGCCAACCUCGUCCCCCCUGUGAGCUCUCGCGUGAUCGCGCGCGAUAAUGUGCCAUUUAAAACAAUGAAAAACACACGGAGUCUAUACUCAUCAGAGAAGCAGAGAGAGAGCACAUAUUUUCUUUGCAUAUUGAUAUUUUAGUUAAUCUGGAAUUAAGAGACAGACAUGACUGCAUCAUGAUGAGAUCAGGACGGAGAAACACACAUAAUAGGACACCUUGCAGCUUCCUGUUUUAUAUUGUCCUUAUAGAAAGGAUCUGCUGCAUCAUAAAUGAUUUUGUGGGUUUCCACCUCCAUGAUGAAGCGCUCAUCAUCCAUCUUCGCUCGUGUUUAAACCGUGAUUAGGCACCUGGGCUGUUACGUCCAGGCCCAGCUCCGCCCAUUUUGUCGGAUGCGUGUCCGGCAAAAAUAGAAAAUAGCCUAUACCAUCCGGCGGGCAUGCGGCACGCCGGAGGUGGUUCGCAGUCAAUCCGGAGCACUGACGCGGCCGGUAUACGUUGAACAAUAGGAUAUAAUGGGAACGGAUUGGCUCCGGCGCUGUUUUUUACCAGAGUCGGACCGGAAACGCAACGAUCACGCAUGCGGUGUACUUGGGCCCUUACUGACUUGCUUUUUUGUAAACUGUUUUUAGCGCUCUGAUCUGUAAAUAUGGGUUGUAUAUACUUGGCAUUUGCCGAUUACCUGUUUGAAAGUAUACCGUGGUAUGAAAAUGUCAAGGUUUCAAAACUACAAAAAUUUUCCAUCAUACAUUCCUCGAAGGUAUUAGCUAUUUUUCAUGUCCCAAAAAUGCAUUGACACAUAAGACACGAGAAAGAAAGUAUUUUUCCCCCAAUUGCUAAAUAAAUGGCAUGGUCAUGACAAAUAAGUCUUGUGCUAAAGGGAGUAUGAAAUAAUAAAAAUGCAUUUAUUCAAGAUGACAUGGCAAAAUUACUCCAUAAUCAGGGGUGCACAUAAGUGGUCCGCAUGCGCGCAUGCAUACUGGACGUAGACAAACGCGCUGACCCUCAACGGUUUCCAUACGCUUUUGCGUACCGAUGGCUGACCACUGUAUUUGCAGCGGACACGAGAAAAUAACUUCUCAAAAAGUCGAAGAGGCAGGCCACACUGAGUAAUUACGUCGGUGUUCCCCCACCCCCGUCAAAAGACAGACGACAGAGACGUCACCGGAGCUACCGAAAAAAAGGACUUUUGCUGAAAAGUGGCUACAGGAGGUACCAUGGC